GCAAUUGGUACGCACCACGGACACCAUGAACUACGUGGAGAUCCAGGAGGACGAAUUCAACUGUGUCAAAGGCGUGUACUUUAUGGACGACGAGUUCGUCGACCGUACACCCACCAAGUCCGCGUGGAAAAACCAGAAGCCGCUGCCGGCGUUUGAUCUUUUGCUCCGCGCUGACACAGAUGCCGCAACGCCGGUACUGCUCAUUCUACGGGUGGAGAUGAAUCUGACGUAUCCCGCAACAAUUCCCACAAUCACAAUCCUCCACCCUACCAACCUCCUUGGUUCGCAGGUGGCGACUCUCACCAAAAUGGUGCACGCCACGGCGAUGGAACAGCGUGGCUCGGAAAUGGUGCUCAUCAUCGCAGACGAGGUGAAAACAAUGCUCAACCAGUUCCAGGAGGAAGCAACCGCGCCACAGUCGUUGGGAGAGGAGCGACGCCAACGCUUAGAGCAGCAGAGGCGGAGUUUCCACGCGCGCGAGGAGGUGAAACGCAUCCAGGAGGAGGACACGGUACAGCGCAACCUUGAGACGCUCUCCAGCACGAUCGACGAGAUUCAGGCGGCGCCGGAACCCGCGGCGCCGCUAGAGGACCACCUCUUGCCCAACAAUGUGAUUGAAACGGUGAACGACUUCUUCAUCUUCGACAAGACUAUUGAGGACAGUUUGCCCACGCUCAACAUUCCGUUUGUGUUCCGGACCGUAACGGGCUUGAUCCAGAUUGCCCUGUCAGACUUGCUCGGCAACAUGGGCAAACAAUUCUUGGUGAAACCGUUCAUCCACCCGGAUUCGCGCGUCGCGAAGCACAUCAAAAACCAAGGCGGCGCGUUCAACCGCAAAGAGGGGGUUCUCCGUAAUGCGGACGAGGAGGACAUCAGUCUGGUGUAUCUCCUAACCUUCAUCGAGCUUCGUAACCCGCACUGGCUCACCGACACGGGAAAGAACGAGCUUCGCGCGUUGGAGAGCCAGAUGGCCGAGUUGGUUAAGCUUCGCUACGACAACCUCUCCAAGCUCUUUGCAUUCCAGAUCGAGAAAAAGACCGAGCUCGGGAGCUGCUACUGGAAGCUCAGCCUUCUCACCGAGUAUUUCCCCAUGGGAACUCUCAACGAUCUCCUCGGCACCAUCGAGCUUGCCAGUCUCCUGAACGCGCGCUCGUGGACACUCCUGUUGGUGUACUGCCUCGACCAAUUAUUCUCGCGUGGCGUCAUCCAUGAGUUCAUCAACACCCACACAGUGCAAUUGUUCCGCAAUCCGGACCUCGGCACCACCGCCGUCAAGCUUGCGCACCCGACAUACGGCUUCAAGCUCAUGGACAUGCUCAACCGCCACCCGAACUCGGGCUCAUCUGCGUACGACGCCAUCGAUGUCGGUUUGGGCCGUGGCUGGCGUGCGCCCGAGCUCAAGGGUGCGCACAAGAACAAAGAGGACGCCCAUACACGCAAGACCGAUAUUUGGGAGCUCGGCGUGCUCUUUCUCGAGAUGAUCUGCGGGCUUGACACCUUGCGUGAGUACGAGUCGCCCGAGAAGAUUCUCUCGAACGGCAUUCUCGUUGAAUCCAUUGGUGAGUUCUUGAGCAAGAUGUUGAAGCCCGAGUCGAAGAAGCGCACAGACCCGUCGUACUUGAUCCACACCCAGUUUUUGCGCGAAAGCGUAAACGAUGAGAACAUCUUCCAACAGCGGCCGCAGAGCGACGCCACCAGUGAUUCGGAUAGCGACGAGCUCGUUAUGUCCACCCAUUCUCAUUCGGCUCACUACAAGAAACACUCCUUCAGCGGAGGUAAGCCGAUGACUGAGGACCGUUUCACCAAGGACUUUGACGACAACGGGACCUUGGGUUCUGGUGCCUUCGGUAAGGUUAUCAAGGCGCGCGGUAAGAUUGACGGGAACUUUUAUGCCAUCAAGCAGAUCAAGCACGUAUCUGACAGCUCCAGCGUGCUCAGCGAGGUGUCCUUGUUGUCGCGGAUGAAUCACCAGUAUAUUGUGCGGUACUACAACGCGUGGUUACAGGACGACUACUCGGGCGACUCUGCCAUUGGGUCAGAAUCGGAGUACGAGACGGAGUCGGAUUUAGAAUUAGAAUCAGAGUCUGGGUACUACUCCAACCCGCGUAUCAGCUUCACGAAUAGCUUCUCCAAAGAUGUCAGUUUCUCCAGAGAUGCCAGCUUCUCCAGAGAUGCCAGGGACACUUCCGGCUUGGACUUUAUAUCCAGUUCGGUCAACGGCCCCGAAAUCGUCUUUGGCUACUCUGCCGACGGAAAAAGCACCGUGAGCGAACGGCCCAAGGCGCGAAAACCCAAGCGCAAACAGAUCUUGUACAUACAGAUGGAGUACUGUGAGAAGAACACGUUGGCGGACUUGAUUGCCCGCGGCUUGCCACAGCAUUCGGACGAGUACUGGCGCCUCUUCCGCCAGACGUUGGAGGCACUCAUGUACAUCCAUUCACAGGGCAUUAUUCACCGUGACUUAAAGCCGGUGAACAUCUUCGUGGACCAGUCGAACAAUGUAAAAAUCGGGGACUUUGGGUUAGCCCGGAACGUGCACUUUUCGCUCAUCUCCACCUCCAAUGCCAAGAAGCCCGACCAGCAGGAGAAUUUGACCAGCGAAAUCGGCACCACGUUGUACGUGGCGGCCGAGGUGAUCAACGGGAAGGGUGACUACAACGAAAAGGUGGACAUGUACUCGUUGGGGAUCAUCUUUUUCGAAAUGUGCUGGGAGCUUAAUACCGCCAUGGAGCGGGUCCAGACAUUGCGUGAGUUGCGCACCCCCUCUAUCAACUUCCCUGCCUCCUUCGCCACCACCCGCUUUGCCAACGAGCACAAGAUCAUCCGCAUGUUGCUCAACCACAGCCCGGAUGUUCGGCCGGGUGCCGACGCGGUGUUGCGCAGCGGAUUGGUACCGGUACCCCAGAAGGACGAGAUUAUUGAGGAGGCGUUGCGGUCGAUCGCUGAUCCGUCGUCGCCGUGGCAGGAGCAGGUCCGGCUGGCGUUAUUCCACCAGCAGUACGAUCUCGCAUCGGAUGUGUUGUUUGAGAAGGGGCGCACAAAGUACAGCACCGCGUUUGACUACAUGUUCCAUGCCAAGUUGCUCGGGGCGGUGACGGACAUCUUCAAGCGGCACGGGGCAGUGGAGAACCUCGGGCGAAGUUACGUGUUCCCCAAGGCCCUGGUGUACACCAACGAGUUGCAACAACCGGUGUACGAGAUCCUCGACCGAAUGGGGUCGGUGCUUCAGCUUCCGUUUGAUCUCACCUUCCCCACUGCCCGGCAGCUCGCCUCAUGUGACAGUCCGAUCCAGAAGCUCUUCCGAUUUGAUUACGUCUACCGUGCAGUCUCCAGCUCCUUUUCUGCUCCACCCCGAUACGGCGAACUUGACUUUGACAUUGUGACCAACGAUUCGCUCGACUCCGCCUUCUACGAUGCCGAGUGCUUGAAGGUUAUUUCGGAGAUUAUCGAGAUGACGCCUUGCUACAAUGCUUCUAACGUGGUGAUUGCGCUCAACCAUGCAGACAUUAUUGAAUCCAUUUUUGACUACAAGCGGAUUGACCCGGCCAAGCGGGUGGCCGUGGCCCAGCACUUUUCGCAAGCCGGCUACACAAAAACCAUUAAUGACAUCAGGAAGACUCUUAGCGAAACUCACUCUAUCGGUUCAACCACCUUUAACGAACUCGCAAACUUUUACUUCCGCGCAGAUAUCAACACCGCCAAGGCCAAGCUCUUGAAGGAGUUCAAGGACUGGCCGGAAGUGCACCGGAUCGAGUCGGCGCUCGGGUACAUCUCCAAGAUUGUCACUUUUGCCAAAUCCUUUGGCAUUAACAUUUCAUUUGAAGUCAGUCCCUGGGGCAACUAUAACUACGGCUUCUACCGCGGCGGGGUGAUGUUUUUGGUGCACGAGAAGGAGAAACCGCACACGGUCAUUGCUGGGGGCGGGCGCUACGACAAGUUGAUCUCCAAGAUUGGGGUGGCCCGAGGAAAGAAGCCGGACAAGGUACCGCGGGCUGUGGGGUUCCAUUUGGCGUGGGAAAAGUUCUAUGACCGCAUGAAGCUGGAGCUUGUACGGAACAAGAAACUGUCCAAAAAGCGAGAGAAUGCCUACAGUAAGUGGACCCCCAGCAGGUGUGAUGUGCUUGUGGCCAGCACCACCAAUGCUAGCUUGAAGCCGGUUGGGGUGGACAUUUUGCGGCGCUUGUGGACAAACGGGAUUAGUGCGGAUGUUUUGAGACACGCCAGCGCCAUUGAAGACAUCGAAGCGUCUGCUGGUGACGACGGGGCAAACUGGAUCUUGAUCCUCAAGCAGCAGCAGUCUUCGUUGAUCAAUGCUCGCAGUGUGGCGAAACGCAAGUACAAGGCAUAUCGGGUAAAGAACAUGGAAACGGGGGUGGAUGUGGAUCUCGACUUGGAGGAGAUUGUGCCGUUCUUGAAGACCGAAAUUGCCGAGCGGAAUGACAGAAAAUGCACCCAGCCGGAAAAACAGGAGUGCUACGAUGACGCCAUGGAAGAGGAGAGUACGCAGGUGGCGGUAACGUUUGACCAGAAGUGCAUCAUUGUGCCAAACGAAGCGACCAGGACCAAUAGGAAGAACAACCGGAAGGAGCAGUGGGUGGUGGAGGAGGCGUCUAAGGAGGCAUCGUCGCUGCUUAUCAAUUCUCUUGCUUCAGCGCCAAUUUUCACGAUUGAUGCCAGAGAUGAGGUGUUGGAGAUGAUCAGCAUCACGUCGUUAGAUCAGCCAGAAGAAUGGAAGCGAAAAGUCGGUGGGGCUUCUAAUGCCACUCCGCGGAGUUUUGUGAACAACAUGUAUCUCUCAUUGAGCAAGGAGGCACUAAAGGGUACCCGUUGGGCCGUGCUUUUUGCGCCAAAGACAAACAAGACGUGUAUUUAUGAUUUACAAAGGUGAGAUGGUGCCGAGCGAGGGGAUUUCUCACUUGUAUUUAGUUUAGUACAACUGGAUAAGGACUUAGAUCGGAGAGAAUGAGGGUGGUGAACUGCAUAUUGGCGUGUAUCUGAAAAUAGCCGACCUGAGUGGUUUUAAAGUAUGUUAAAUUGGAUGGAAAACAUUUCGACGAUGGCGUUAUAUGCGGCCAGGCAUAGAACGUUCUGUCACUGACUUUGGAGCAGUACAAGGAUGAACGUUAGGGAGUAAGCAAUAACCAAAGAUUCUGAUUCUUGAGAUGCAUUAUAGUAUUUAUUAUAGC